UCCAAAUCCAUGACAUAACACUUGGCCGUGGAUCUGCCAUGGGUGACUGUGCAGAUUUAGAUUUAGCAACGGGAAAGCAAUGUCACCGUCCACUUCCGCGUCACCCUUGCGCCUGAUUGGCCACAAAGCAGGAAGUAAACAUCACGUGACCUCGCCAGUCAGCUGACCGUCAGACGUCUCUCCCGAGUCACGACCAGCCGGGAUUAACUCAUUCUUCGUCCUAUGCACAUUUCCCCCCGGCCCGAGCUAGCGAGCAGCAGCAGUAGCGACCAUGGCGCUCAGCGAUGCCGACGUUCAGAAGCAGAUCAAGCACAUGAUGGCCUUCAUCGAGCAGGAGGCCAACGAGAAGGCGGAGGAAAUUGACGCUAAGGCCGAGGAGGAGUUCAACAUCGAGAAGGGCCGCCUGGUGCAAACGCAGCGUCUGAAGAUCAUGGAGUACUACGAGAAGAAGGAGAAGCAGAUCGAGCAGCAGAAGAAAAUCCAAAUGUCCAACCUGAUGAACCAGGCCCGCCUCAAGGUCCUCAAGGCCCGCGACGACAUGAUCUCGGACAUGCUCAACGAGGCUCGUCAACGGCUCGCCAACGUGGCGCGAGACCCGGCGAGGUACGCCGCGCUGAUCGACGGCUUGAUCCUGCAGGGUUUGUAUCAGCUGCUGGAGCCCAAAGUGACCGUUCGAUGUCGCAAGCAAGACGUGCAGUUGGUGCAGGCGUCCAUCCAGAGGAACUUGCCCGUGUACAAGGCGGCCGUCAAGAACAACGUGGAGGUCCGCAUCGACAAGGACAACUUCCUGGCUCCCGACAUCUCCGGAGGCGUCGAACUCUACAACGGAGACGGCAAGAUCAAAGUGGCCAACACCCUGGAGAACAGACUGGACCUCUUGGCUCAGCAGAUGAUGCCCGACAUCCGAGUGGCUCUUUUCGGCGCCAACCCCAACCGCAAGUUCAUGGACUGAGAAGCCCCGCCCCCUCGUUUCUGUAUUAUUUUCAUUUUCUAUUGUUUUUGGUCUCACACCUGCGCAAAAAGGGGGUGCUUUGCCGUCGUUAUUGUUAUUAUUGUGUGUGUGUGUGAUGUGGUGCUGACGUCUUCCUCCGAGCAUGACGGAGCGCCACCGGCAAGUCGUCAUUACGUGACAACGGGAUGUGGUUACUUGCUGGAUUGUGACCACCAUGAAGUAAGUUAGGAUGCUUAAAAGGUUAAUUUAUUGUUACACCAGAGAGGAUACACUUGUCUGUAUAUGAGCUUUCCUGACUAAUUUAUGUGUGUUUUGAACAUGUCGUGGUGUAAACUGUACAAUAUGAUAAUAAAAUAUAUGAAUGGUG